AGAGAUGGAGAUAAAAAGAUUCCAACUUUAAAUAUCAGUGAUACCUCAAUCAGACACGAUCAGUUAUUAGCAAACCGAGAUUAGCCUCCCAAGUUAGAAGACAUUAAAUAUUGGACAUACACAACAAACGACGUAUGUUAAAAAAGAAACCAAUUACAAAAAAAGAGAGACUUUUUAGAAGAGCGACACACCGAUCAUUGCGCCAAAACCAAAGGUGUGUCUCUCUCCCUCUCUCCUUCUUUCUCAUUCUCAUUACAGGCUCUCUAUUAGUUCUUGCUGCCAUUGUAACCUCCUGUCUGUUUAGGACACGAACUCUAGAGAUAAAACAUCAAAAUGGAUCCACCAGUGUCAGAUCCUGACACAAUCAACAACCAGAAAGAAGCAGGACCUUCCUUCCACUGCCCUCUCUACGACACACAGCUCGUCCACAAGAUCUCCCUCACUUUCCUCCCCGGCCUCGCCACCGCCUGCGUCGACAACACCACCGGAGACAUCUUCAAGACCCCUGGCUCCGUCGCCGCCGACGUCAAACAAGAAAUGAUCGAGUACCUAAACCACAGAAGCGAGACCUUCGUGGCUGACCACAUCCUCCUCUCCUCAUCGUCAGAGAUCGAACCUUCCUCUCACGACCCUUACGACGUCGUAUCGGACUUCGUCGACGACUUCGCCACCUCCAAGAGGAACCUCUUCAGCCGCGUCUCCGGGUGGCUCCUCAGCGAGAGGAGGGAGGACAACAUUGAUGACUUCGCGCAGGAGAUGGAGGUCAGCGGCUUCUGGCUGAACGAUCACAUCGAAGGAAUAGCUCAGACGCUGCUCAAGAACGUGGACUUCAAAGGUCUUUCUCACUGCGAGAUGAAGUUUCAAACACAAGGAGAGCUUGAGGAGCAUGUGCUGACUUGUGGUUACAGGACGAUGGACUGCGGGAACGAAGGGUGUAAUGCUGUCUUCUGCGCGAACCAGAGGGAGAGUCAUGAUGGCGUUUGCCCGUUUAAGAUUAUUCCGUGCGAGCAGGGGUGUUUGGAGAGUGGUGGUAUCAUGAGGCGUGAGAUGGAUAGGCAUUGUAUUACUGUGUGUACUAUGAAGCUUGUGAACUGUGCGUUUCGUGGUGUUGGUUGUUUGGAUGAUGUGCGUCAGUGUGAGGUUCAGCAGCAUUUUUUGGAUAGUGUGGGGUCUCAUCUGAUGUGUGUUCUCAAAGGUAUGUAUAAAGAAGCGUCUUUGGAUGAUCUCAAACCUCGAGCUGAAGAGAUACUGCAGUUGUCUACGCGGUUGUCUGAAGCUCGAAAUGCAAGAGCGCUGACGAAUCUUGUUAAGGAGAUUGAUGCAAAGCUGGGGGCUUUAGUGAUCAAACCAAAGAAGGAGAAGAAAGCUUUAGAAGAAGCUGAGAUCAAAGGGAAACCAGAGACAGCUAGUGAGAAGAUUCCGGAAGAUAAAGUGGUUUCAAAGGAAGCAGAGGUUGUGGUAGAUGAUGCAAUGGUGGAAGAAGUUGGGAAGAAAGUUUCAGAAGCUGAGAUAGGAGAGAAUGUUGACAAAGAAGGCGAGCUUAAAGCUCAGAAGCUUUUGGAAAUGGACGAGUUCAUCAAAGAAGGAGACGAUAGCUCUGCAGCUGAUUUGUCAGAGAGAACUGAAACCAAAGCUCCGGAAGUUGUGGUGAUGGAUGAAGAUAAGGAAGAGGAGAAGAGUCCAGAGACGAGAACAAAUGAAACCAGAGGUGUAGAGACUGAAGCUAAGGACGUGAUUGAUGAAGAGAAUCAUAAAGAGGCAAAGAUAUCAGCUGAAACCAAAAGUGAAGCUCCCUCAACAAUAGUCAUGGACAAGGAGGAAGGAGCAGAGACAAAACAGACAAGAAUAAUUGAAACCAAAGGUGUAGAGACUAAAGUUAAUGACAUGAUUGAUGAAGAGAAUAAUAGAGAGACAAAGAUAUCAGCUGAAACCAAAAGCGAAGUUCCCUCAAGAAUAGCCAUGGAGAAUGAGGAGGGAGCAGAGACAAAACAGACGAGAACAAAUGAAAGUAAAGGUGUAGAGACUGAAGUCAAUGACGUGAUUGAUGAAGAGAAUAAAAAAGAGACAAAUGUAUCAGCUGAAACCAAAAGCGAGUCUCUCAUGGACAAGGAGGAGAAUGAGGAGGGAGCAGAGACAAAACAGACGAGAACAAAUGAAACCAGAGGUGUAGAGACUGAAGCUAAUGAUGUGAUUGGUGAAGAGAAUAAUAGAGAGACGAAGAUAUCAGAUGAAACCAAAAGGGAAGCUCCCUCAAGCAUAGUCAUGGACAAGGAGGAGAAUGAAAAGGGAGCAGAGACAAUCAACUCAAGUGCUAGUGCUUCUGAUGAAGCUGAAGCAUUGUCAAAGAGCUCAGAAGGUUUCUCUAAAGCACAAGCUGAAACCGAACCAAAUUUUUCUUGACAUCUCUCAAGAGACCAAACUUAACAUGAAGGGUGUUUUCUUUCCCCUCUUUACAAGAUUUUGUAUGUUUUAUCUUUCAUUAAUUUUUUAAGUCGUCAAAUGUAAUCCAGUUUUGUAUUUACUUUAUCAAUUGAUUAUGAUUUAAUUUUUUAAUUCAAA